CUAGCUUUGGGGUCCUCAAUUAGCGGACCGCGGUCGCACACCUCUCUCUACGCAAUGCAGUUAGCACUAAGCAAAACGUUUGGUCAGAAGCCAGUUAAAUUUCAGUUAGAACAAGAUGGGGACUUUUACAUGGUCGGGUCGGAGGUUGGAAACUAUCUGCGUAUGUUUAGAGGCUCCUUGUACAAACGAUAUCCGUCUUUAUGGAGGAGGCUUGCUUCAGUGGAGGAGAGGAAGAAAAUAGUAGCAUCAUCACAUGCCACUAGUGUUACUCUGCUGAAGGCAUCUGAGUGUGAGGAGAUCUUUGAAGGUAAUGAUGACAAAUACAAAGCAGUGUCAAUCAGCACGGAGCCACCGGCAUACCUCAGGGAGCAGAAAGCCAAAAGAAGCAGUCAAUGGGUCCCAACACUUCCCAACAGCUCCCACCAUUUAGAUGCAGUGCCUUGUUCCACUACCAUCAACCGCAAUCGCAUGGGUCGGGACAAAAAGAGGACCUUCCCACUGUGCUUUGAUGAUCACGAUCCUGCUGUGAUUCAUGAGAAUGCUGCACAAGUGGAGGUGCUGGUCCCAGUUCGCCUUGACAUGGAGAUAGAUGGGCAAAAACUCCGGGAUGCUUUCACAUGGAACAUGAAUGAAAAGCUGAUGACCCCAGAGAUGUUUGCAGAAAUUCUGUGUGACGACUUAGACCUGAAUCCACUGGCCUUUGUCCCUGCCAUUACCUCUGCCAUACGUCAACAAAUUGAGUCAUACCCUACUGACAGCAUUUUAGAAGAGCAGGCAGACCAAAGAGUCAUUAUCAAGCUCAACAUCCAUGUGGGAAACAUCUCUCUCGUGGACCAGUUUGAAUGGGACAUGUCGGAACAUGAGAACUCCCCUGAGUCCUUUGCACUGAAGUUGUGCUCUGAACUAGGUCUCGGGGGUGAAUUUGUGACCACUAUUGCCUACAGCAUUCGAGGACAACUGAGCUGGCAUCAGAGAACAUACGCCUUUAGUGAGAACCCACUCCCAACAGUAGAGAUUGCCAUUCGUAACACAGGUGAUGCAGACCAGUGGUGUCCACUGUUGGAGACACUAACAGAUGCUGAAAUGGAGAAAAAGAUCAGAGAUCAAGACAGGAACACGAGACGUAUGAGACGACUGGCCAACACUGCACCCUCCUGGUAG